CACUAAACAAGAUGAGGAAGAAGGUGUAUUGUUUUUUUACGUAUGAAAUAAACUUGUUGGCACUCAUAACGGCUUCAUACAAUCAGGAUGGCGAGCUCAGUCACCAAGGAAAUCUCCUAUGAGGAUCUGAAAGCGCUUGUGGGAAAAAGCCAGAAUCUGUUUCUGGUUGAUGUCCGCAGCAAAGAGGAACUGGACAAAGGACGUAUUCCAGGAUCUGUUCACAUCCCAAUUGAUACAGUAGAAGCUGCUCUCACAAUGGAGCCAGAAGCAUUCAAGGCCAAGUACGGGGUAACCAAGCCACCGUUGGACGCACCAGAGCUGGUGUUUCAUUGCCAAAUGGGCAGAAGAGGGGGAAUGGCCACGGACAAAGCCAGCAAACUUGGAUACAUGAAUGCACGUAACUAUGCCGGAGCAUACAAGGAGUGGUCUGAGAAAGAGGGGAAGUGAUUCAUGUUGAAGGCAAAGCCUCAUAUAUAUUUAUACAAAUAACUAUUUGUGAAAGUUAGACAGACAAAAUAGAUAAACAUUUUUGUGGGUGUGUGUUUUUUGUUUAUCUUUUGAUACUGUUUUGUUGUCAUACAAUGCAUCAUUGUAUUGAAGGUACAAAUGAAAUAAACUACAAUCUACAGAGA